AUGGCCUUGGGUGAAAGUUGUCGUAACAAGACUGGCAAAUUAUUCUUCCGCCUUGACACCACCAGCGCCGCGCAUGACCUCGAAGCCGUUCGCGUCGCACUCGGGGAGAAUCAUUUGAACUGGCUGGGACUCUCCUACGGAACUAUGCUCGGCGCAGCGUAUGCAGAAUUAUACCUCGAAAAUGUUGGCGUCAUGGUUCUAGACGGCAACGUGGACCACUCACUAAGCGAAACAAGUGCCUUGCAUGAUGCCCAGCCCGGGGUUUCGAAUUCUGGGUUGUCAACUCUAGCUCAGACACUUAAGGAGACAAUUGCAGGUAACGCAACGGGGCUCUCUUCUACCCUUGCCACUAGUGAGACAGACUCAGCAUUUCCAGGGAUUGCAAUCGGGUGCUUGGAUUGGUACCACAACGCAACUACCUUGGCCGAUGUGAUAUACAAGGGGCAACUUGCGAACCACCUUGCACCGUAUAUCAAAGGCGCAAGCCAGACUUACCGGUAUCAGACCGCCUGUAUCGGGUGGCCUGCGCCGGUGAAGAACCCUAAUCAUGCUCUUAACCAAAAAGCAAUGGCGAAAGCACCACCUGUGGUCAUGGUUAAUUCCUAUUAUUACCCAGAGGCGAGCUAUGUAUGGGCAGAGGAUCUAAGGAACCAGAUCCCAUCGACUAUUCUACUUACUAGGAACGGAAGUGGACAUACUAGCUACUCCCUCCGGGAGAAGCCUCGGCACUGA